ACCACCUCUCUCUCGUGUCGGAGCUUCCCAUCCCCAACCAACACUAGCUCUCGUCUUCCGUUCCUCCUCCACAAUUCGUUGGGGUUUCUUCGGUCUCCCAUGGCCGUAUCCACGGCUGCCGACGACGAUCCCGACGAGUGGGUCCGCGACGCCUUCCUCGAUCCGCAUCUCGUGGCGGCCGUCAUCCUCGGCUUUGGCCGACGGAGCCGCCUUGGUUUGGAGACGGAGGGCGACGAGAAGCCGUCGACAUCCGCGACUCCGGCAUUUCUGGGGUGGGGAAGGAAGAGGUCGCGGGUGGCGAGGUUCCCGCGAACAGCCACGCGGACGAUUGGGGAGGAGGAGGAUGAGGGGGUUACGGUGGCGGUGGAGAAGAGGAAGGGACAGAGGAGGGCAAGCCCGCAGUCGCCCCUCGAGGGAUACAGCAGCGCGUCGGGGAGCGGCGGCGGCGAGACCGGGAGUCUCGCCGUCGAGACGCCAGAAGACCGCCGCCUCACUAAGGCAGUUGGGAAUCCACGGACGCCGUCGGUUUCCUCGAUCCCGGUCUCGGCCUCCAUCCGGCGGCCCCCGUCGAAGAAACUGACGAAACCGGAGCUCCAGGCAGUGGAGAGGUCGCUAUUGGAAGAGAAGGCGAACCUUCAUAAGGAGAUGGAAGAACUGCGGAGAGCCGUGGAGGAGCUGAGGGCCAACAAUCGCAAGCUGCAGAUGCACUUGAAGUCGCUGAAUAUACCAGAAAGGGUUUGCAUGGCUCCUGAGGAUUAUCAACUGCCAGGAUUAUGUCAACAAUGCAUCACACAGUCUCCUGGCCACGAGGAUUUCAUCAUAAUACCAGACCUCAAUGAUCCCUUACCAGAUUGUUGAGUCUCCGUACUAGUUUGCUUGAGCGUGGAGAAGGCAGAAUUUCUCUUCUUGUGAAUGACUAACCCAAAUGUAGUAGAUAAAUGAUGAUAAGUGGAAGGUGGGUUUCAUGGAGUAUUUUUGAUGGCUAACCACAGUUCUAUUGUCUAAUAUAUAGGGGAAACCCCCUCCAAAAAGAACUCCACUUAUCUUUUCAGAAUAUGUUUUCACUGGUCAUUUGCUACUUAUAAGAUUUGCAAGAGUGAGAUACUGUAUUCGUUUCACAGCUGAAACAAUAUAUUGUUUGUUAACUUCUGCUGCUGGAAUGUGAUUAUGUUCUUCACUGCA